ACGAUGACAUUUGAGUUUCUACGACAUAGGAAAUUCACUCGUUGAUUCGACAUAUAUUAAUACGGUCACAAUGUAUCAAUAUAUCCCAUGUGAGACUAUUUAUCAGUAUCACACAGUGUCUGAGGUCGACGCGUGAACAGGGGACGUUCGUACCGUGUAGGAGUCCCCCGAUUACCCACAAUGCUCCGCUUGUUGCCGUCUGUUAAAGGGAUGACUGUGUAGCUUCUGCUAGCCGCCUCCGAGCGAUUUAUAUCCACUAAGUUAACGGUAUUAUGACUCGUAGCGUGUAACAUUGUGCACAAAAGUGAAAGACAAAAAAAAGAGAAGAAGGCGGAAUCUGUUGUCAACACAUCAGCCAUGCCUCUCUUCACGACAAAUCCCUUUGACCAAGAUGUUGAGAAAGCAACCAGUGAGAUGAACACAGCCGAGGACUGGGGCCUCAUUUUGGACAUCUGUGAUAAAAUAGGACAGUCCCGUACUGGUCCGAAAGAAUGUCUUCGCUCGAUAAUGAGACGAGUGAACCACAAGGACCCGCAUGUGGCCAUGCAGGCACUGACUCUACUUGGUGCCUGUGUUUCAAACUGUGGGAAAAUAUUUCACUUGGAGGUCUGCUCCAGAGAGUUUGCUAGUGAAGUCAGCAAUGUUCUGAACAAGGGCCACCCGAAAGUCUGUGAGAAGCUGAAGGCCCUGAUGGUGGAGUGGGCGGAAGACUUCCGGAACGAUCCUCAGCUUAGCCUCAUCUCGGCCAUGAUCAAGAACCUCAGAGAGCAGGGUGUCACCUUCCCGGCCGUGGGCUCCCAGGCUGCAGAGCAGGCGAAGGCAAGCCCAGCGAUGGUUGCCAAGGACCCUGCCACCGCCUCCACUAAAAAGGAGGAGGAAGACCUGGCCAAAGCCAUCGAGCUGUCGCUGAAGGAGCAGCGCGGGCAGCCCCAGGGUUCCCUGUCCAGCCUGUACCCCAGCGCCUCCAGCCUGCUCCCCUCUCAGAAGGCGGACGGCCGCAAGGUGCGCGCCAUCUACGACUUUGAGGCGGCCGAAGACAACGAGCUCACGUUCAAGUCCGGGGAGAUCAUCACCAUCCUGGACGACAGCGACCCCAACUGGUGGAAAGGGGAAACAUACCAGGGAGUGGGCCUCUUCCCCUCCAACUUUGUAACUGCGGACCUAACCGCUGAGCCAGAGAUGGUCAAGACCGAGAAGAAAUCGGUGCAGUUCAACGAAGAGGUCCAGGUGGAAACCCUGGAGCCGGAGCCAGAGCCCGUGUUUAUCGAUGAGGAGAAAAUGGACCAGCUGCUGCAGAUGAUUCAGAGUGCCGACCCCACGGAUAACCAGUCAGAUGCUGUCGAACUGCUCCAGUUGGAAGGUGCCUGCAACCAAAUGGGACCACUCAUUGACCAGAAGCUGGAGGAUAUAGACAGUAGGCACUCUGAGCUGUCGGAGCUCAACGUGAAGCUGAUGGAGGCGCUGUCCAUGUACGCCAAGCUGAUGAACGAGGACCCCGUGUACGGCAUGUACGCCAAGCUCCAGAGCCAACAGUACUACAUGCAGCAGCCCCAGCAGCCGCCCGCCAACACGGCCCAACAGGGGUAUCCCGUUCAGCCAAGCUCGUAUGCCAUGGGCCCGGGGAUGCAGGGCUACCCUGUGUCCAUGGAGCAGCUCCAGGCCGGGCCUCCCAUGCCUGGCCAAGCAGCACCCAGUGACAUCCACAUGUACAUGGGCCAGCCGCCCGUCUACAGCCCGUCCCCGGCAGACGUCCAGGCCUACCAGAACCAGGCCAGCCUCCCCGUCCCUCCCCCGGGCCCCGGCGUCAUGAACCAGCCGCCCAGCUACAGCGCGUCCUCUGGUCAGAGCUUACAGGCCCCCACAGACCCCCAACACAUCCCGUACCCGGAGAAAGCCCUGCUAUAGGGAACCUGCACGUUACCAAACCCUCAUACACACACUCCACACGCAAACAGCACAUGCACACUCCACAUGCACACUCCACUUGCAUACGCCACAUGCACACUCUGAUUGUGUGCAUGUGGCCUUUCUUCUGUACUGCUUUAAGUUACUGGUAGGGAGGGGGCGCUACUCCCCAAGUGUUAAGCUAAUACUCUACAGAUGCUUAUCUGUAAUGGGCCGAGUGCACUAGCAAUGCUGGUCGUCGUCGUCCCCCCCCCCCCCCCCCCUCCUCCAUCCCAAUUCGAGCUGCUAGGGCUGACUGUAAAUAAUGGUGUCACGUAACAGACAAAAAAAACCUCAUGUCACAUCUCUUUUGUAGAAAGGAUUUAAAUAUUUUUAUCAUCACGUCGGCCCCCCCUCAAGGUGGGCUCACGUCUCGUGUGUGAUUUUGUUUUGGUCUUUUCUUUUCUUGUGUUUGCUUCGUGAGUUAUCGUUUGAAACGGUGAAAGCGAUGUGUUGAUGUGAACAUGGAAAAACAAAAAAAGAUUCAAAACCAGUCAUGUGGGCAAUGUGGUUCUGAGCAUCACAGACGCCUGUAGUUUUGAGGAGAUAACAUUGUGCUACACACACACACACACACACUCACACUCACACACAGGCCUCAACCAGGCCAAUUGCACUGCUCGUCUCCACGACAUAAAGAUGGCCACACCUUUUAUUUUAUUUUCUCUCAUCUGUGCAAACAAGACACUACUUUAAGCAGUGCUGAAGAAUAUAAGCAUCGCAUUGAAUACCCAUGCUACCCUGCGGAAUAUGUUCUCAACCUUUUUGUCCAUUAUUUUUUAGAAGUACUAAAAACUGAAGCCACUUUUUUUGUUGUUGAAGGGAAUAAGAAGGAUCAUGCAAUCGUGUGUGUGUGUCCGUGUGUGCACACUCGGAUACACUCAGACGCACACAGACACACACACACACAUUCAUACAUAUGCUGAGCUAGUGGUGAAGCCACACGUUGGCCUCCAGUGGGUCUGUACUUUAGCACCGUUCUGUUGCAUUUCACUUGAUUCUCAAAGGGCCCCAACCCGGUCAGUUGCCCCCCCCCCCUCGUCACGGAGGCUCCAUUGCAUCGACUUGUUUUGCCGGCAAGUUAAUUUUAGAUGAAGUAGUAUUUCAGAGCGCUAGCAAGCAAACGCUCACUGUGUUCACCAUACUUCAGAGCUGCUUAAACACACUUGAAGGCCAUGGACUUGUGGCUUUGGAUCAGCGUGGGGGGUGAGCUGUUUGUAACUUCUCUGCGGAUUUUUUUAAGCAUCUCAUUUUUUGUCAGUGUUGAACAAUGGAUAUGAUUAAUUUAUAUUUUGAAGUGCGCAGGCGAUGCCUGAAGUAUUAAAUACAUCUGAUGAAGAUGAUGUAAUAUUCUGCCUAAUUUAGUUGUGUAUAUUUAAGUUGCUCUUGUGCAAAGUGGAGAUUGAUUUCUCUCGUUCAUGGUAUAACCAGUGGUUGAUUACUGAACUAACUGCUUUUAAAAUUGUAUAAUUGUCUUUUUUGAAACCCAUUAUGUUCUCUUAAUAAUUAUCUCCGAACGCACACCAGCAUGUCCGUUGUAGACGGCUAAUUUCAUUUGUUUGUGUCUAUGAAUAGAUGUAUAGAUUCAAAGCUGUCAUCCACUAGAGCAGAGACUUGAUCUGGUGUCACAAUAUUGCAUGCUCCCUAAACUCUGGUUCUCAAACCAGGCAAACCGAAGCCUCAUCACAUUGUACCUCAUUAACUCCUGGACUCCACUUAAGACUAGCAAACUCUUGUAAUUGCUUUGGUUUGAGUUCCUUGGGCUUUUGGAUGGACUUCAUGUAUUCAAAUACUGCUUUAGCUGUCUACAACUUAUGGUCCAUGUUGGUAUUUUCUUAAAUUUUCUUUAUUUAAUGACCUUUCACCCUGAACCACAUCUCUGUGUACAAAUGUCAUUUCAAAUGUUGCAAGGAGUGCAGCUCUCACUUUGCUUCUUAAUUCCACCUUCUGCCUAAAAAAACAGGAUUUAAAUUGGUUCUGAGCUUUUGUAGGCAACUGUUAAAACACCCAAUACACCAUUUGUUCUGAAGGCCACAGGCUGCCUUUUUAACUUAACCCUACACUCGGACAACAUUGUCAUUUUGUUGCGUCGCAAAGCAAGAGUUUGAUCAAUUGUAGCAGGUGUUCUGGAAAGAUGGGACCACGAGCCAGUGAACCACAAUGACGUAAUUUUUUUAUUUAAUUUUGUUUGCACCAAAAGAUAGCACUGGACUUUAGCCCUCAUCUUAUUUUAUUGUACAGGAGUGAGAUGCUGUCUGUUUUUAAAUUUAAAACCAACCUCAUCAUUGUAAAGAUUUUGUUCUGAAUGGUACACUGUUUCUAUGUAAUCUUUUAACCAUACUUAUGAAUUGAUAUUCACAAUAAAAAAAAACAGGCCAAAUGUACAGGA